UGUAAAUUUGUUUACAACAAUAAAAACUAGAUAAUAGCUGCCUAAUUUUUGUUACUUUUUUAUCGUUUAAUGGUGUAAAUAUAGAAGAUUAUACUAUAAUAUAGAAUGAAAAUCGCGGUCGAGGGCUGUGCUCACGGAGAGUUGGAAAAAAUAUACGAAUGUGUUGAGACAUUACAAGAAAGAGAAGGAAUAAAAGUAGAUUUAUUAAUUUGUUGUGGCGAUUUCCAAUCUGUACGCAAUAAUGAUGAUUUACGAGCAAUGGCAGUGCCUGAAAAAUACCACAAUAUUUGUACUUUUUACAAAUAUUACAGCGGAGAAAAGGUUGCUCCCAUAUUAACAAUAUUUAUAGGUGGAAACCAUGAAGCGUCGAAUUAUUUACAGGAACUGCCUUUUGGAGGAUGGGUAGCUCCCAAUAUUUACUAUCUAGGAAGAGCCGGAGUUGUUCAAUUUGGCAACUUAAGACUUGGAGGUUUAUCAGGUAUAUUCAAGAAUCAUGAUUAUUUACAAGGACUCUGGGAAAGUCCUCCAUAUACACCUAACUCAUUACGAUCAGUUUACCAUAUAAGAUCUUUGGAUGUAUUUAGACUAAGUCAGUUGAAAGAAAAAGUUCAUGUUAUGUUGUCCCAUGACUGGCCCAGAGGAAUUACUAAUUAUGGGGACAAGAAUAACUUGUUGAGAAGAAAACCAUUUUUCAGAGAGGAUAUAGAAUCUAAUAAACUAGGCAGCCCUCCAGCAGAACAGUUACUAAAUAAGGUGAAACCAGAUUACUGGUUUGCAGCACAUCUGCACUGUCAAUUUGCUGCCUUAGUGAAGCAUGAUGACAACAGUGAAACUAAAUUCUUAGCCCUAGACAAAUGUUUGCCAAAAAGGAGACAUUUGCAAAUCUUGGAUUUGCCAGCCGAGUUUGCUGGUGACAAACAGUUGAAACAUGAUCUAGAGUGGUUGGCUAUUUUAAAAAAUACUAAUCACCUAUUGUCCGUAAAAAAUAUAGAUUGUCAUCUACCUGGGCCUGGUUGCAAUGAAAGGUAUGACUUUACACCAACACAAGAAGAAAAGGAUAUGGUCCUAAAACUUAUGGGCUCUUUAACAAUUUCCAAUGAUUCAUUUGUUCAAACAGCCCCUACAUACAGGCCCAACACACCCAAACGUGCACCAUAUGAAGCAAUUCUUAACCCACAAACUGCCACACUAUGUGAUAAACUCUGUAUUGAUGAUCCUCUGCAAGUAGUUUUAGCAAGAUCUGGCAGAACAAUGAAGCAACCUGUUAUUAUUGAACAUUCAGAAAGUAUUGAAGGUAAUGGAGAAAUACCAAAAACCCCAAUUAAAUGUUCACCUAUGACAUUACCAGCACCGGUUACACCAUGUCAAAAUGAAGAUUUAUCAGAAACAGUUUCUGCUUUGAACUAUAGUAGAAAUAGUUUUUUAUCUGAGAGUGAAAUUGUAACUUCAGAAUGUGAAACUCCACCACAGACAAAUAAAAUGGUUUUUAAGAGACGCAAUUUGGCUAUGUAUACACCUGAAGAUGUUGAAACUGGCAGCAAUACAUCAGGUUCACAGGUAGAGUCAGAUAGUCCAAAAUCAUGUAAGCUUGCAUGUCGGACUAACCCUUUAUAGUAUAUACAUAUUAUAUAUAACUGAAUGGUCUGAGAUACUUAUAGUAUAAUUAAUUGCAAAUGCACUAUUAAAAAUAACACAUGCAAAAGUUCAGUUGACACAUACAUACUCUUUUGCACUACCAAAAUGUGAAUUGAAAUGCCAUUUUGUAAAGAAUAAUUGAUGAGUUUGUUUAUGAAUAGUAUGAUUCUAAAUUUUUAAAGAAAUUAUUAUAUUUUAUUUUUUUACAAUAAUGCAUUAAAUAAAAUAAAUUGAAUAUAUUUUUAACAUGUCAUAAUAUUAUGAAUUU